AUGGCCACCAAACGACCUGCGGACGAUGACGAGCCACCUAAUAAGAAACUUCGAGUCGAAAAUGCUCAAGUUUCAAGUCAAAAUGACCAGGAGCGCGCUGUAGGCAUCACUGUCUUCGUCUCGCCCAACUUACCUGGAUUUCAAUGCACAGUGAAGACACGAUAUACAGAUUUUCUGGUCAACGAGAUACUUCCAAAUGGCGACGUCUUACAUCUUACCGACGUCGCUACCAAGAACUUCAAGCAAGCAAAUGGACAGGCUGCAGAAGCCGAUGGCGAUGCUGCUCCUACUGAGUCCAAAGAAAUGGAGCUGAAGGAGACUGCUGCUACUGCUGGUGCUCAUGGUCCGAGUGACGCAGUCGCUGACCUGCCAACUGAUCGGGAUGUGCCAGAAGCCGAGAAUGCGAAGGAUGACAACGACGCUGAUGUAACCUUAUCAACCGAAGACAAGCAGUCUGUGGUGGCCAUCUUUGGCGAGGAUGUUUCGAACAAAAUCAUCAGGCUCUACUCAACUGUUCUGAGGAAUCCAAAGCGGAAAUCCAGAGAUCUUCCAACCAUCAAAUCACAUCUUAUACCCGACAAGAGUGAUCGCACAGAAGCGCACAAAGUCAUCCGGAUUGUCUUUCAAUUGAAGCUGCAGACGGAGACACUUCAGGAAGAACCAGGCGUGAUCGCGAUCAAAGUCGCACCCACGAAAGGUGCUGCAGGAGCCCGCGGUGAGCACAAUCAGAACGGCAAUCAUGCUAAGGGCAAAGUCGGCUGGAACGAGCUCGGUGGCGAGUAUCUGCACUUCACCUUGCAUAAGGAGAACAAAGACACGAUGGAGGCCCUGGGCUUCAUCGGAUCGCAGCUGAAAAUUCCAGCCAAGAAUUUCGAGUUCGCCGGGACAAAAGAUAGGCGCGGUGUGACUGUGCAGAAGGUGGCGGUCUUUCGUGUUCGGGCCGAGCGAAUCGCUAGUCUCAAUCAUCUGGCUAGAGGCUGGAGGAUCGGGGGCUUCGAGUAUAAGAAGCACGGUCUAGGCUUGGGUGAUCUGACCGGCAACGAGUUCGGACUUACUUUGCGGGAUCUACGUGUACCGGGCGAUGAGGGACUGGACGUGGCAGCAAGGCUGGAGCUCGCGAAGACCUUGCGCUUUGGCUCCUUGAGCACCGGCACUCACAUUACUGGCCUCAAGAUCUUGCAAGGAGACCUUGGAGGUGCGAUUGACAGCAUUCUCACAUAUCAGCCGGAGCUACUGCCCGAGAACGUGGAGAAAUCAGCAGACAAGAACAGGACUCCUAUCGAUGACAUCACGCGUUCAGACGGCAUUCGACGCUGGCGGGAGAAAAACAUAACGCCGUCUGAGCUUCGCGAUUUGAUCCCAAGGAGAUUCUCGGCUGAGUCGUCGAUCAUGCAAUACCUGAUGAAGAGAGAUCGAAAGUCAGGCAAGAUGAUACAGGAGCAGGAUUGGCAGGGUGCACUGAUGACCAUCCAGAGAGGUCUGCGAUUGAUGUAUGUGCACGCCUAUCAGUCGCUUGUUUGGAACAUGGCGGCUGGUAAGCGCUGGGAGCUUUAUGGUGGCAAAGUUGUGGAAGGUGAUCUCGUGAUCGUGGGUGAGAAGGGUGAGGAAGAGAAGCAGGUCGGCAAGGAUGAGGUGGACGAGUCUGGCGAGCCGAUCGUUAGACCUCAUGGCGAUGAUGCUGGACCUGCGGAAGACACCUAUACACGAGGGAGAUCGCUGAGCAAGGAGGAGGCCGAGAGUGGGAAGUUCGAUAUCUUCGAUGUUGUUCUACCACAGCCUGGGUUUGAUGUACUGUACCCGCGCAAUGAGGUGGGCGAGUACUACAAGGAGUUCAUGGGCUCGGAAGCUGGUGGAGGGUUGGAUCCGCAUAGUAUGCGCAGGUCCUGGAAGGAUGCUAGUCUGAGUGGUGGGUAUAGGAAAGUCAUGGCUAGGCCGUUGAAGGGCGUCACGUGGGACAUUGUGCAGUACGCCAGUAUCGAGGAGCAAUUGCUGGAGACUGACCUCGAUAAGCUACGGAAAGCUGAAGACGCAACUGGAAAUUCGCAGGCCGGUGACAGUGCGGAUAUGGAGGGUGUGGUCGUGGGCAAUGGACAUGGUGGCGAUGAGAAAGACAAGCUUGCACUGAUCAUGAGGUUCCAGCUGGGUAGUAGCCAGUACGCUACCAUGGCACUGCGGGAGCUCACGAAGGGUGGUGCGCAGGCUUAUAAGCCUGAGUUUAACACCUCGAGAUGA